UCCUCCAGGUGACAACAGGUGAGCUGCACAGUGGGGCAGCUGUUGCCAUUGCCCCCACUCCAGCUGCUCCAGGCGUCCCCGGAGUGUUUGUGUGCCAGGUGUGUCAAAAGACCUUCCAGUUUCAGCGCAUGCUCAAUCGCCACCUCAAGUGUCACAAUGAGACCAAGAGGCAUCCCUGUAACUUCUGUGGCAAAGGCUUUAAUGACACCUUCGACCUCAAGAGGCACGUCCGCACACACACAGGUGUCCGCCCCUACAAGUGCAGCCUGUGUGAUAAGGCCUUCACCCAACGCUGCUCCCUGGAGUCACACAUGAAGAAGAUCCAUGGCGUCAUGCAGCAGUACGCCUACAAGGAGCGCCGCAGCAAGCUGUACGUGUGUGAGGAGUGUGGCCACACAGCACCCACGCAGGAGACACUCCUGCGCCACCUGCAGGCCCAGCACCCACACAGCGCCUUGCUCCGCAGCAAGGGUGCCCGCAAGCUUGGGGGGGGCACAGCCACCCGGGCAGCUGACCACACCUCAUUCUCACCCAGCUCCCCACCCUCCCAGAAUGGCCCAGACAGCGACGACGCAGCAGAGUCGGGAGGCAGAUAGGGGUGGGGGAGGGUGUCAAGAGGGAUCAAGGAGAUAUAGGACAAAGGAGAGGUGGUGGAGAAAAGGCCAUAGGUCCUUUCACCAACCUUAAGGCUGUGUGAGAGAGGGGAAUGGUGUCAGAGCUCCUAAGUACUUGAUGUUACACUGAAGUUUACAGUCUAGUCUACCAAGAACUGAAAUUAAUGCACACACUGGACACACAUGUAAGAAACGGUUAGUGAUAAAAGAGCAAGUUUCUAUUUGGGAGCAGGUCCAAUCUUAUUUGAUUUCUUUCCAGGUUGUAGGCUGGUAGAAUGAUUUUUAACAGGACUACAGAUGAAUCAAUCCUACUUACCAAUGCUGCGAUAUGAGUAUAUUUUUCUUACUAUUGUAUUCUUUGGAAGAACUGAAGGAAGCUGUACUUUUCUUUCUAUUAUUGCUUGACUCUGAAAGUAUGAGCAUCACAAUCCAUGUAUCUGCAACCUGGUGUGCUUAUUUUGUUGCUAAUCUUGUACAGGAAAAAAAUGGGGAACUUGAAACAUGUUUAAGUCAUUCUGGAGAUUAUAAUUUCUUGCAUAUUGUACAUAUACAGGCAAAUGUAUGCUUUGAAAGUUUAAUAUUUAUCAGGGUGUGGCAGUUGAACUGUUUACCAUGAAGGGAAUUUAUCCUGUUAUUUUUAAAAUAUAUAUUUUAUACACACGUAUGCACCUUUGUAAAUAAUGAGUGAUGUCUGAACUGUGGGCCUUUUCAAGUGGUUGUAGUGUUUGUGUGAUGACACUAAAUGAUGCAGGGGCUCUCCUCACAGCGGUAUGCUCCCUUCGGUGCUCUAGCUUUGUAUCUGGAAUUGCCAGGGACUCUGAACUGCAAGACCGAAAUUAGGACUCUCCAAUCACUGUGCUAUAUGUCUGUGUUUGGCAAUGGAUACAGACGGGUUUAUAAUGCAUUGUGGAAUGCCAUUCAUACCUGGUACUGUAGUGCAUGACUAUAGCAUUUAGAAUGUGCUGUUCUGUGAUGUAAUCAGCUGCUAAGUAAAAGACAUCACAAAAUAGUGUAAUCUAACACAGUGCGAUAUGCCAGGCAGCUGCACACUCUUGGACCACAUUUGCAAGGCCCUUAUUCUGCUACUCUGGUGUGUUGGGUGGGAAUGGAGGGUGGUGUGUAAGGAUUAUUGUGGGGUUGAUCAACAGCAAAUGGGUUUGGUUCAUAUGGUCAAUAUAUGUAUUUUUUGUAUGCGUGUUCAUUUGUUUCAAUUCCUUUGUGUGUCAGCUACCUGUAGGUGCUGUAUGAGCCUCAAUUGUAACAAAUUACAAUUAUUGACAACCUGUUUCUUUAACAGAUAAGAGUACUGCCAUAGAGGCAUGUCAUAAAAUGCCUUAAAAGACUUGUUCAACCCUGACUAUUAAAUAAAGAUUUCAU